AUGGCCGAGUACAAGGAAGACCUCGAAAAGUCUGGCGCCGGUGCCCAGAAGAUCCACAAGAUCAGGAUCACCCUCACCUCCAAGAACGUCAAGCCCCUUGAGAAGUUCUGUGCCGACCUCGUUGGCCGUGCCAAGGACCGUGACCUUAACGUCAAGGGCCCCGUCCGUCUCCCCACCAAGGUCCUCAAGCACACCACCAGGAAGUCUCCCUGUGGUGAGGGUUCCAAGACCUGGGACCGAUACGAGAUGCGAAUCCACAAGCGUCUCAUCGACCUCCACUCCUCCGCCGAGGUUGUCAAGCAGAUCACCUCCAUCUCUCUUGAGCCCGGAGUUGAGGUUGAGGUUACCAUCGCUGCCUAA